AAUACCCGACAACCAAACAAAUGGCCGGCUUUUCGGUGGGCAAACUUCGGAUGCAAAAACGUAACCAAAAACGACAAUCACUAUUGGAUGACAUACUAGUGUUUGAUGAGGACAUACCCCGUGAGGCCAGGCUAUCGUUUGUUGAUUUUGCACCCACUGUUAAACAUACUAUUGAUGGUUACGAUAAAAGUGUAGACUUUUAUGCACUCGUCGACUACGCCAACAAAUGGCUAGAGAGGACAGGUAGCCGAUGGGAUGUCGUCAACUGUGAAACAGUGCCGGGCGUUACCAUACAAUUGUCUAUAGGGGAUGGCGGCGAAACAGUUGGCAAACAAAUACUAACCCGUCGGCGGCUAAACAAGUUGGCCGAUUUGAAUUCGCUGCCGGGGGGUUCGGUACCGCCCGGUCGACAUGUCCUACACUUUCGGGUAACAAUGUUACGCUUAUGGAUCCGAUCAUCGGCAGCACAGUAUGCCCAACAACAACAUAAUCAUCGGAUAAGCCUACAGUUCAAUGAUAGACCCGAACAACAGGUAGUGGUAGUCACCGAUAGUUGUGGUGGUAAUGAUAAGAGCUUUGAGAUGACUGCUGUCGAUGAAGUGGUCAGUCGACCGGUGGUCAACAACGAUCAGCCGAUCAAUGGUUGUACUGCCGGCCAAACGGAUGAUCAAAACAAUUCACUGCCACCUGUCCUACAGUACAGAGAUUUUAUACCGAAACUCGUGGACAAAGACCGACAUCAGUUUGAAUCGGUUGAUGACGUAAUCAAACGGCUGAACCAUGCGAUCAAUAACCAGGAAUUUAACGGUAAAAUCUUGAAUAUCCAGACACUGGCCUUCAGGGCCGGUAAUCAAUGGCAAGUGAAUACGGAAACUACUGGCCAGUCCAGGCCAUUGAUCGAAGUAGGUUUUGCCGAUUUUAUACCCCAAUGUCUAUCCGGAGGAUCGAUAUUCAAACGCCCGGUGUUUGAAUCCCAACAGUUUAUACUGGAAAAGGCCAGCAAAUGGUUGUCCGAUAAUCCGGAGAUUAACUAUUGUUCGGCCGUUUCAAUGGACGUCAAACUUAAGUCAAUGGUAUCAAUAAACACCAAACAGAUGUCGGCCAUCAGGGAAACAGGAGAUUAUAUACGUAUACUACGACUGGCCUAUACUAAGCCCCGGGACGUACCCGUCGACAUACCUGAGUCGUCGGCAACGCUGCCACCGCCGCCGCCCGUCUAUCUCGAGUCGCAAUCGUUUGUAGUGUACAAGUCGUACGCCGAAGUCAAACGUCUGGUCAACGAGUUUAUGGCCAGUCGUCAGGAGUGGUCACGGGAUGUACCCGACCAGUACAGGUGGUCGUUGUUUAGUUGCGAAACAGUACCAGUAUUUUCGGUAAACAAUUUGAAACAGUCGUUGGAGACAAACAGUGAUCAAAGUUUUCAGGCUAUACUGUCCACCAGUCGAUCGAUCAAUCGGUCCGAGUAUUUUGCAGUUAAGAUCUACUUUGAUGUCGGCUAUUAUGGUGUCGAUCAUCAGUUACCAGAUAAACAGGGAUUACCAUCACCAGCACCGGCAGCAGCAGCAGCAGUGGACACACCUACUAGUACUACCAGUGCUGCUGAUGAUGGUAGUAGUAAUAGUAGUGAUGGUAGUGGUGGUAAUGAUGAUGAUAAGCAAAAAACCUGUACUAUUAUGUAA